AAAAACUGAUAAUUCCUUUUGAAGAUAAGACCAAAUCUCUGUUAUAAAUAGGUGCGCGAUUAAAUGUAAAUACUCAUCAAUAAAAUGUAUCUUUCCUUCGUUAUAUUGUUUGUGUUAUUAGGAGCUGGCGUUACGCCAAUUCCAAUCCAUUCUGAUCAUGAUCAAGAUAUCGAGAAGGAAUUUAAGGUCAAUGUGUCACUAGAAUCGAAGGAAGAAGACUGGCAAUUGGUGCCAGACUCUGAUGGUAAACUUCACCUGGUUGAUAUCAAAAACGAUGAUAUUAUGGUGAUCGAACCAUCGUUUGUCGCCAUCAACGAUAUGAUCUUUCGUCUGUGGACUAGAUCGAAUCCGAACGCAGGACAAAUAAUUCAAAUCCAUAACAAUGCACAACUUGCUUCGAGCAAUUUCAGUCCUACACUUCAAACUCGUUUCCAUUGUCAUGGAUGGGGAACCGGUGGUCCGAACAUGGGUUCAAACAUCAGACAAGCUUUGUUAGCUCGAGCAGAUUUUAAUAUUUUUAUUGUUGAUUGGGGUGCAGGAUCGAAUACUCUCAAUUACAUAACGGCACGCAAUCGGGUCAAUGAAGUUGGAGCAGUGGUCGCUCAAUUCAUUGAUUGGAUCAAUGUGAAUGGGGUACCGUUUUCAGCCAUUACAGUAAUUGGAUCUAGCUUGGGUGCGCAUGUUGCUGGAGCUGCCGGAAAAAGAACUAGUCGAGGACGUGUCCAUGCAGUCGUUGGUCUUGAUCCAGCUGGCCCUUUGUUUUCUCUUGAUCAACCAGCUGAUCGAAUGCAUCAUACAGACGCUGACUAUGUCGAAAGUAUUGUAACCGACGGUGGACGAUUAGGAUUUGAACAUCCCGUUGGUCAUGCCAAUUUUUAUCCUAAUUGGGGAUUCCAACAGCCCGGUUGCGGGGAAGAUCUGGUUGGUAAUUGUGGACACAGUCUACCCAGUCAUUUUUUGUCGGCUUCGAUAAAUCCAGCUAAUGUGUUCGGAGCAAUAAGAUGCAGAAAUCUUGACGACAUCCGACAAAGGAAUUGUGUUGUUAGUGGUGCAAGCAGGCGUAUGGGAGGCGAGCCGAUAAUGGAUGGGGCUGGUAUUAUCGGUAGUGUCUAUCUGCUGCAUACACAUGCGGAGUAUCCUUUUGCCCAAGGACCAAGAUAAAGUUACACCUCCACUAUGGCUGACGAUAAAUUUUGUUAAUGAAAUAGUUCUGAAACCUUAACAUUGCUGCCGAUUUCGCUUAAAAUUUUCUUUUAUUUAGUCCA